UGUGAAGAAGAGGCGAGAGCGACCCCUGGAUCGACUUAAAGCCCGCGCCCCACUGCAUCCCCGUGUCCAGCGCCUACAUCCCACCGCCGCAGCCACCAUGCCCAAGAGAGAGGCUGAAGGGGAUGCUAAAGGAGAUAAAGGCAAGGUGAAGGACGAACCACAGAGAAGAUCUGCAAGGUUAUCUGCUAAACCUGCUCCUCCAAAGCCAGAGCCCAAGCCUAAAAAGGCCCCUGCAAAGAAGGGAGAGAAGGUACCCAAAGGGAAAAAGGGGAAAGCCGAUGAUGGCAAGGAUGGGAAUAACCCUGCAGAAAAUGGAGACGCCAAAACAGACCAGGCACAGAAAGCUGAAGGUGCUGGAGAUGCCAAGUGAAGUGUGUGCAUUUUUGAUAACUGUGUACUUCUGGUGACUGUACAGUUUGAAAUACUAUUUUUUAUCAAGUUUUAUAAAAAUGCAGAAUUUUGUUUUACUUUUUUUUUUUUUUAAGCUAUUUUGUUAGCACACAGAACACUUCAUUGUUGUUUUUUGGGGGAAGGGCACAUCACUAACAGAAUGUCUCAGAAGCUGAAUUGACGUGGGGGGAAAAUACCUUUCCCGUCUAGUUUUGAGAGACUUCCUCUUGGUUCCCAGGAAGGAGGGAUUCCUUGAU